AUGAGUAAACAAGGGCAAGCGGUCGAAACUGCAGCGCCCAACUCGCUGUCGGGCCUCAUCUCUACUUUGGUGCCGACUUUCGUGGUCGCUCUCGUCUAUAUCGGUAUCUUCCUGAUACUGAGAAAGAGCCAGAGACGUUACUAUGCGCCGAGAACAUAUCUCGGCAGUCUUCGGGAAAGCGAGCGAUCACCCCCUUUACCUUCGGGACUCUUUAAUUGGUUCGGCGCAUUCUGGAGAAUACCUGACAUAUACGCCUUGCAGCAUCAGUCUCUGGACGCCUAUCUCUUCCUUCGUUUCCUACGCAUCAUCGUCACAAUCACCUUUGUGGGAUGCUGCAUCACUUGGCCGAUUUUGUUCCCUGUCAACAUCACCGGAGGCGGACCCGGUGGGGAGUUAGAGAGGCUCGCAUACUCCAAUAUUAACCCGGACACCCAAUCGAAUCGCUACUAUGCUCACGUCUUCACUGCUUGGCUGUUCUACGGGUUUGUCAUGUACAUGGUGCUGCGGGAGUGCAUCUACUACAUCAACUUGCGACAGGCCUUUCUCCUUUCACCGUUCUACUCGCACCGCAUCUCAUCGCGCACCGUCCUUUUUGUCUCUGUUCCGGCAGCUUACUUGGAUGAGGCUAAGUUGCGCAAGAUUUUCGGCGAUGGCGUCAAAUCCAUCUGGAUCACGGGCGACACUGAUGAAUUGGAUAAGCUGGUCAAGGAGCGCGAUGAGGUCGCCAUGAAACUUGAGAAGGCCGAGGUUAAGCUGCUCAAGCUUGCGAAUGCCACGCGCAUCAAAGCCGUCAAGAAGGGCGGCGCUGACGAGCAGACGGAAGGUCCUGCUGAUGCAGAGUCUGGCAGCUUGGCUGCUCGCUGGGUUCCUGCGAAGAAACGCCCCAGCCACCGCCUUGGUCCUCUGGGCCUCAUUGGCAAGAAAGUGGACACAAUCAACUGGUGCCGGACUGAGCUUGAGCGUCUGAUACCCGAAGUUGACAAGGCCCAGAGCUCUUACCGUUCCGGAUCCUACAAGAAGAUUCCUGCUGUCUUCAUGGAGUUCUUCACACAGGCCCAAGCCGAGACCGCAUAUCAGGUCCUUGCACACCACCAGGCCCUCCAAAUGUCACCCAAGUACAUCGGUAUCACCCCUGGCGAGGUUGUUUGGAGUGCGCUCAAGGUUUCGUGGUGGCAGCGAGUCAUUCGCCGCUUUGCCGUUAUUGGCUUUAUUUCUGCUAUGAUCAUCUUUUGGGCUAUUCCCGUCAGUGUGGUGGGUAUCAUUAGCAACAUCACAGCUAUCUCCAACAGCGUGUUCUUCCUCAACUGGAUCAACAAGAUACCAAGUGUCAUCAUCGGCGUGGUUCAAGGUCUCCUUCCGUCCGUCUUGUUGGCUAUUCUCAUGGCCUUGGUCCCGGUCGUCAUGAGACUCUGCGCCAAGCUCUCUGGAGAACCCUCCUUGUCUCGCGUCGAGCUGUUUACUCAGAACGCAUACUUUGCCUUCCAGCUAAUUCAAGUGUUCUUGAUAAUGACAGUGACCUCUUCUGCCACCGCCGUUGUCGACCAAAUUCGCCAAAAUCCCGCUUCUGCUACCUCGAUUCUGGCGACUAAUCUCCCCAAGGCCUCCAACUUCUUUAUCAGCUACUUCCUGAUCCAAGGUCUCACCAUCGCAUCUGGAGUCAUCUCUCAGGUUGUUGGGUUCAUUAUAUUUACUAUCCUUUACAAAUACCUGACUGGCACGCCUCGAGCCAUGUAUACCAAGUGGGCCAACCUCAGUGCCAUCUCCUGGGGAAGCGUCUUGCCCAUCUAUACCAACAUAGCGGUCAUUAGUAUUACGUAUGCUGCAAUUGCCCCGUUGAUGCUGGGCUUCGCGACAAUAGGGAUGUCAUUCUUCUAUCUGGCGUAUCGUUACAACGUUUUCUUUGUCACGGACACUCAGAUCGAUACGCGCGGCUUGAUUUACCCGCGAGCCUUGAAGCAGCUUUUUGCUGGUAUCUACGUGGCCGAGCUCUGCAUGAUUGGCCUCUUUGGCGCCUCCGUUGCGAUUGGUCCCCUGGUCCUCAUGAUCAUCUUCACCGUUUUCACAGCCUUGUUCCACGUCACCAUCAACAGCGCGCUUGACCCUCUCCUCUACAAUCUACCGAGGUCGCUCGAGUACGAGGAAGAGUCGCUUAGAAAUGAACUCGGGUCGGCCGCCAGUGCCAACAACGGGUUCGAGAACGGUGCUUCUGGGGGUGGCAAGGAACUCCCCACCGCUGCUUCAGAAACUGGCAAGAAGCCUAACCUUUUCGCUAAGUUCUUCAAGCCUUGGGUGCACUGUGACUACGCAGCAAUGCGCAAACUUGUCCCACGUGAAGCGUUCGAUGCCAACAAUCUGUAUACAGCUGAGAUUGAGCGGUACGCCUACUACCCACCUUCGGUCACCAGCGCUACCCCUCUGUUGUGGAUCCCUGAGGAUGCUGCUGGCAUCUCGAAGCAGGAGGUCAGGGACACCGGUAAGGUCAUCCCCAUCACAGAUGAGGGCUGCAUUUUGAACGACAAGAACAAGCUAGAAUGGGACACGGAAGUGGUUCGACCACCCGUCUGGGAGGAGAAGAUUUACUAUUAA